UGGCUGUAACAACAUUACUGUUUCAGAAAGACACUUUAAAACCACAACUGUAGCUUACAUCAACUUUAUGCAGUCUUGUAUACAAAAGCUGUACUGUCUGUAACUGAUUAUAACAGUUCAUGGCCCUUGCAGGCCUAACAGGGACACAAAUUAAUUGCAGUCUAGACCAAGUUAUACAGGAUUCAAGACAUAAACCCUACCUCAUUCGGUGCUAGGCUAGCCUUAAGUAUUGGAGCAUCCUUAUUCCCCUUUUGUGUCCAGGUCAUUCUCAGAUACUUCAUCCGCUGGGCCAGGAAGUUGAUUCUGAAGAAUGCAAAAGGUGUUUGUACAAGAUGGAGGAGAGUAGUAUUGUGUAAAUACUUUUUUUGCAUGUGUAAUGCUUUUUUUGAAACUCAUACUUUGUGUUCAAAGUAAAAAACCCAAGUGCAAUACUGUUACAUCAACCAGAGGAGUCAGGCUGGUGAUGAACCAGAAUUCUAUGAGAAGUGUCAGAUUGUGUAAAGGAUUAUAUUCUAAAACAGACAAAAUGCUAUGCUCCCCUCAACCCCUUGUAAUGAAUAAUUGUCUCAUGAAUUGACUUUGAAAUUUCACUAAUACUUCCCCUCUUAACUGCUGUAAACAUUUUCUAGGAGCAGCAUGACCCUUGCUACUGGCUUGGAGUGUGGGAACCAGAAAGUGAACUAUUGUGUUUCUAUUUGGCUUUGAUACUGUGGACAGAAAAGCAGACUAUUAAAUUGCUGCAGGCACAUUUAGGACUGUCUGAUCUGCCAUGAGCUCCUAGGGAAGCCCAAGAGGCCAUGGGACUUCUGGGAUUAUUGGAAAUGUUGCAGUUCAUAUGCCCUUGUUCCCCUGUCCCAGGCCUGGAGGGAGGAUGGAUUCUUCAGCAGCAUAAAAGUGCUGACACAAUGGUGGCUUUGAUGAAGGUUUAUGAAGAAGAAGACGAAGCUUAUCAGGAUUUGGUCACCAUGGCAACACAAUUCUACCAGUAUUUACUGCAGCCCUUCAGAGAUAUGCGAGAGCUGGCGACACUGUACAAGCUGGAAAUCCUGAAAUCUUUGCAGUAUGAUAAUCUGGGGCCUAGAAGAGUAGAAGCUUUGCAGAAAGAUGCAGAAGAAUGGACUAAGCGAGCUGAGAAUGCUGUGUGCUCUAUUCAAGAUAUCACUGUGAACUACUUCAAGGAAACUUCAAAGGCUCUGACAGGAAUGCACAAACAGAUGGAACAAGAUCAGGAGAGAUUUGGUAAAGCCACCUGGGCAUCGGCUUUGCCACGACUAGAAAACCUGAAAUGUAUGUUAGCUAAAGAAACUCUUCAGCAUCUGAGGGCUAGAGAGUUGUGCCUGAAACACAAGAGAGCUGGCAUUCAGAAAAAUAUGGAGAACCUCAGUGAACAAGAAGAGAACUUAACUGUAGUGGAGGAGCUGGAAGUACAGUAUUAUGAAGUACAGCUGGAAUUGUAUAAUGUACAGCUUGAAAUAUUGAAACAUGAAGAGAUGCUGCUUAUUGUACAGACAGACACUUUAAGGAGACAGAUUCAAGAGAAACAGGAUGAAGUUGUUUACUAUGAUACAUGUGAAAAUCCUGAGGAGCUCAAGGUCAUUGAACAGACAAUGGGACAACAUUACGCUAACUUGUCAGAAAUGACGAUGCUGAGGCAGAAGACUAAGCAGUUGGAGACAAAGCGUGGGACUGUCUGUGCGAGGAGAGCCUACCUCAGGAACAAAAAAGAUCAGUGUGAAACAAACCAUCGGCAGAGGUUGCAACAGGCAGAAGAGAGCAAAAAACGCUUCCAGCAGCAUCACAGCAUACAGAUAAAGAGAGACAAGCAAAAAGAAGAGGAGAAAAAGAAAAAAGCGUGGAUAAGCCAGGAACGUCAGAAAACACUGGAGAGGCUGAAAGCAUUCAGGGAGAAGUGUCCAGCUCAUGUUGUUCUGAAAACAUCUCGUCCUCUGCCUCUCAGUCCCAAGUUGCCACGAAGCAUCACUCAGCAGGUUGCAGUACGGUCCCCUCCACCUUCGCUGAGAGCCAGGGCAGCUCCAGAGCAGCCAAAGAGUAUACUGCUAGUAGAGGCCCAGGAAUCAAAACCUUUGCAACAAAAUACCCCACCAGAUACCCCUGUCCAGAUUCUUGUCAUUCAUGGUGACACAGAGGAGCAGAAGCACAGUGAGGGAUUGACGGACUCUCCAGCCUCACCACCAUCACCACCACCUCCUCCACCUCCUCCUCCUUUGCCCUCUUCUCCCCCACCUCCCCUCUUACCUCUUGAGCUCCCUCCUCCCCCACCUCCCCUACCUCCCUCACCUCCUCCCUUACCUUUCCAAUGCCAUCUUCCCCCCCCUCCCCCCCUACCUCUUCAGUUAAAGACACUGGAUAAACCACUUCCCCUCAGCUCCGAUAAGCCCACAGAAAGCCCUGCACUGCACAAACAGGAUGACUCAUCCAGAAGGUCUAUAAAUGAUUGCAUAGGUUCCAUGGAUGAGGUUUUGGCUUCUCUAAAACGCAGUGAAGUUCAUCUUCGCAGAGUGGAACAGCCAGAUCCAUAUGCCUCUGUGAAGGACAGCAUCCUCUCUGCUAUAAGGCAGGGAGUUAAACUGAGAAAAGUGAAUCGACAUACUGAGAAAGAUGUCAGUAAAGGACCCCCUAAUGAUUUUGAGAGAAGCAUUAAGGCAGCCAUCCAGAGAAUUAAGAAAGUGUCUGCUGAUUCUGAAGAAGAAGAAAACAAUGAUCAGUAUAAUGGAGAAUGGGACAGCUAGCCAGCUCGGCGAGAUAGACUUACUGACUGGAACAGUGUGUGUCUCAUUUUGCACAUUGUAGAAGACUGUCUCUUUCAAAAUGGAAGAACAGUGUGGUUGUGUGAGUGCUCUUUUCAUAGUCCAAAAUGUCUAGUAAAGUAAAAGAAUCCUAUUGAAUUUCUAUAGGACCUGCAGAUUCUUACUUUUAUGUGAGAAAUCGUACUCCAAAUUGUGCUUGCAUUAAUAGGUAUUUCUGGCUCAACCUUGUAGGGUUUUCACUUCAGCUAUCUGAAGACCAGCUGAAAUGUUGGAUUGAAAUGUACAUUGUUUAUAUUGUUACUACACAAUAGGUAAUGCUAUCACAAUGAAGUUUAAAGAGUGAUAACUGAAAGUCUGUUUUGUCAGGUGGAAGUAGAACCAAAUCUGUGGUGACAGAGGCAGACCAGAAAACCUUGCAUAAUCUGGAACCUCUCAUUCCUACCUCCAUUGUCCAGAAAAUUCUUUAACGUUUUGUUUGUCUAAUACAGCUCACUCUCAAAUAACUCCAUGGAGACUCCAUUUAUCAUUUUCUUAUAAGGUGUGUGUUUACGAAUAGGGUUGAUCAUACUAAUUUUCCUAUUCAGCAUUAAGUUUGAAAUAAAUAUUGUAGUAAUUACUGAAAAGUUUACUUUCUAGCUGGACACUUAAAUACAGAAUAUUUUUAAAUGCUAGAUAUUUUUCCUACAUCUAGAAGGAACCAUUGGCAGGAAAGAGCCAAAAUCUUGUAUGUAAUAUUUUCUGGGAUCUAACCCUGUAACACAGAGCUGCAUUUCUCCACUGAGCACCUCAAUACAUGUUUAUAGCUGCUCUCAUGAAUUUAAAUUACCUGAUAGCCUUAUAAAUGUCAGGUAUGUGCAUUGUGCCUGUGACCUGACUAUUUAAGACUCAGCUACAUUCAAUUUAGGGACUGUUUCUGGGUGGAUAGUGAUAAAGAAAGAUUCAAAGUUUCUUUUGGAGUUCAUACUGACCCUUAAUAAAAAUAUAUCCUGAUGGAA